CUCCGCAGCUUCACUUUGAGCACUUCAUUGUGUUCGUGCACUGGAACUCAUGUGUGUCACUCACCGCAGACCGGUCACGCCAAAUCUGAAGAGCAGAUUGAUAGUCUCCGACGGACUCAUCUCGCAUCAAUCCAUGCAGGAUUGGAUUACGUGUUAAAUCCUGCGCUGGGAUUCAGUUUUGCUCCUCUGAAGAUGCCCGCUUGUGGAUCGCAGAUUGGGGACUUUCGCGGAAUUAAACGAGCUAAAGGCUGUGUGGUGAUAGUUGAAGCCUUCAUAUGAGGUGAGCAUAUCUCUUCGGACCCCCGGCUCCCCUCCUAGUGCCGCCAGCAGUAGCAGCAGCAGGACUAAGGGAUGUCACAAGUAUUCCUCUUCCUGACCCUGCUCUGUUUCUCCUCCUGCAUCCAGGUGUCAUCUGCUGCAUCCCUCAAAACUUUGAUGGCAAGAUGGAUGAUGUACCGAGAUGAAUGUUUUCGAAAUAUUAGCAGAGAACCGCCGAUGACAGGUCUUGUGUGCAACAGAACAUUUGAUAAGUAUGCCUGCUGGCCAGAUGCACUGCCUAAUACUACAGUGAGUGUGGCCUGCCCCUGGUACCUGCCCUGGCACAAGGAAGUCCGACAUGGGUUCGUGUAUCUGGAGUGUGAUGCAGAUGGACAGUAUAGCAAACAGAAGAAUACCAGUGAAUGUCUAUCACGUGACCCAACGCAAAUUGACAUGCAACACUACGGACGCAUCCUCAGUCAGUUUCGGACCAUGUACACCAUUGGAUAUUCUCUGUCUCUUGGGGCGCUGGUGCUGGCGUUGGGCAUCCUGGUGGCCUUCAGGAAGCUGCACUGCAUGAGAAACAACAUCCACAUGAACUUGUUUGCCUCCUUCAUCCUGCGAGCCUCUUCUAUUCUUAUCAAAGAUGCCAUGUUGGAAAGGCCUGAUGACUUCCAUGUUGGUCAGGACAUCACCACUGAACUGGAGGUGGAGUGGCUGGUUAAAAACGAGACGGCGGUCGGCUGCAGGGUUGCAAUGGUGAUGAUGCAGUACAGCAUACUGGCGAACAACUACUGGCUGUUCGUGGAGGGCAUCUACUUGCACAGCCUUCUGGUUGUCACAGUCUUGACGGAGAGGAAUUACUUUGGCAUCUACCAGUGUAUUGGCUGGGGUGCGCCUCUGAUAUUCGUGUUGCCUUGGGUGAUUGUGAAGUACUUGUACGAGAAUGAAGAAUGCUGGGUCCAGAAUAUUAACAUGAAGUACUGGUGGAUUAUUCGUUCUCCAAUCCUGCUGGCCGUGUUGAUUAACUUUUUCAUCUUCAUACACAUCAUCAAGAUCCUCGUGUCCAAACUGAGGGCGCACCAAAUGAGAUAUUCUGACUACAAGUUCCGGCUUGCUAAGUCAACCCUCACCCUGAUUCCGUUACUGGGGAUCCAUUCGGUCCUGUUUUCGUUUGUUACUGAUGAGUCUACCUCACAUGGUGCUCUAUCCCUGCGCCUCACAAAGCUCUUCAUCGACCUCUUCUUCAACUCCUUCCAGGGGCUGCUGGUUGCCAUCUUAUAUUGCUUCGUCAACAAGGAAGUUCAGUCUGAGAUUCUGAAGAAAUGGAGACGUUGGAAGCUUGGGAGGGACAUCGAGGAGGAAUACCGUCACACCUACAGCCAGUCCCUUCAGAUGAAGAGUGGCAGCAUCAUGGUCCCUCCUUCCAACCUCUCACGGCUGCCCGAUAUCGCCACCACUACCUCCCGGCUCGGCAGUCCAGAGGAGAAGCAGAUGUUGGUGUCCAACAGCCAGAAUGGUAUGGGUACUGGAUUGCAGUUCACCUCAACACCACAAGAUAGUUCCACCUGCAGUUCGAUAACAGAGGACAUAGUGAUGGUGGACAGAGGAAAGUGUUGUAGCAUUCAACAACAGGACAAUGCCAAGAGCAACCUGUGAGCUCACAGAAGAAGACCCUUAGCCUGACCAUCCUCGGUUCUUCUGGCUGAGAGUCCUGAACCAUUGGCCCUAGCUGGAGCGAGAGGCGUGUGUAUGCGAGUGUGUGAGAUAGUGUGUGUUUAUGAGAGCACUGCCCUCUCUGAUGGGACACAUGAUGGACACCCAUUCGUCACAUUAAAUGGUGCUCAGCUGACUCUGGCCCAGUCAGAAAGGAUCAGCAGUGAGCAGAAGGUGGAUGUAUGUUAAGAAAGAUUUGCACAAAUGUACAUGUUAACAAACUCAAUGAUGAAGAACAGAGUCUUAUCUCUAGUCUUAUAUAGCUAUCUGUGAUGCUGAUAAUUUAGUAGAGAAAACCCGUUGGGACUGCAGGGUCCAAGAGGAGCCAUCACAAGCAAACAUCCACAACCAGCACCUCUGGAUUAACGGAUAAUUAAGAAAGAGAUACAAUUAACAGAACUUGUGAAAAACUUAACUAAACUGGUUGCAUUCCAGAGCUCCAGAGCGAAGCAACCCUACAUUUCCCUGUAGAAGACCAACCUGGAUCAGAAUUUCCAUGCAGGUUUAUGCUAAUGUGGUGCCGACGGACCAACAAAGCCAAAAAUGGGUGAAGCUGAUUGGUCAAGGACAUUCUGCUGGUUAAGUAAGUGAAGAAGCCUUGUGGUGACACCAGCACACCAGCAUUUUUGUUUGCAUAUAUUUUGGAAUCAAUUGAUGCUUUUGGGUACAUGUAACAAGUGAAGCUAUUUGUGUGUAGUUAAAUUAAAACCAUUGUCUUUGUUAGAAAUCAAUUGCCAAGCUAAGGAAUAGAAAUAGACUGAUCAAGUAAUGACCGGUAUUGCCCAUGUGCCUUUUUCUGUAGGUCAAAGACCCUAAUAUUAAAACAGAAACACAGAGAUUGACCAUGCAAAGUAAGUGAAGUACAAAUCAGUCCCACACCCAAUCUUCAGAGGUGAAAGCUGCUUAAAGCAGAUUCUGUCAAGCACACGUUAGAUGAAUGUGCCACUAUUAAUCACCAUGAUUUACUCCCUUAAGAGAAAAUAUGCUUGGUAUACUCAAGCAUGCAAAAUACAGCCAUAUGUGAAAUGCGUCAAAGGGUCUGGGUUAAUGCCUUAAUGGAGUAGUAUGACAGAUCUGAAUCCCCUGUGUCAGUGGUCAGAGGAGAUGACUGUCCAACAGAUAUGUUGGUAUGUUCAAGAGUCAGUAUUAGUUCUUCUCUCGCAUACUUCUCAUCUCCCAAUAGACAUUUAAAAUCCUUCGCCACAGAGCUUUGAAAGAUGUUCGGGAAGUGUAGGAGGAACAGCGAGGAUGAGAAAGCCAAGAGAAAAUUUAGAACAAAUUACAGCCUAAGACAUCGAUCAAAAUGAUGCCUCACUCAGAGGAUGUCUGUCAAGCUCAGUUCAAGAUAUGAUAUGCUAUAAAAAAAAAAAAAAACAACAACAACAACAACAAAAAAAACUAAAAUCAACUGCAAGACACUGAAAUGAGAUUGUGGCGAAGUAUAAAGGUGAAGUGUGUAAUUUCUGUGACAUUAGCGCCAUCAGAUCAGUUUGAGUUCCCUAGUUGAGCCACAACAAUAACAAAGCGUCUGGAGUAGGGCUGUGCCCGAAUAGUAAAUCCGUAUUCGAAAAGGCACAAAAAACAAAUCGAGUGUUUCCACAGCGCGUCAUCAUUUGGCCAUGUUGGCGGCACUGAAUGUAAACAAUGCCACUGAACCAAACAGACCUCGCAAGUUUUGCUGAUUGUUGCUGCUGGAAAUGAUCAAUUAUUGGCAUUGUCAUGUUUUGGGCUGUACUAAACCCUCUUAAAACAUUUGGAGUACUAUAGACUGCAACAAUUUGUAACAAAUCAAGGAGAGGAGUGCAAAAACACUGUCUGAGAAGCAAAAGGCGUUUGUUGUUGGCCAAACUGAACCAGGAUUUCCAGGAGAAAUCAAGAAUCUUGACAACAUUCGUCUUUGUUCUUAUCAUUUCCAGUCAGGUAGGUGAAAUAUUAGACAAUAGACAAUAAAUUAGUGGAACAGCUAAUUCAGUAGUACAUUAACCAUGCAGUCAAAGCUGUUGUUUACAUCUGGGUAACUGACCAACCCCUGAAGUAAAUGCAAACCCUCUAUAAUGCUUCUACAGAGCCACUAAAAGGACAUGCUUAGCUGCUUGCUAGCAGUAGCCUGUUACAUUACAGUACAUAUAAUUUCACUUACCACAUAAACAGAGUAAGGAGAGAUGACUGAUAGGGCGAUGGCAAAUGAUUUGCAGAUCAUGAGCACCACUGACAAACAUGUAAUCUUGUAAAAUGUGUGGUAAGUACUCCCGCUCCGUAGUAUAAACGGAGUAUGUGUGAUUGCGAAUCUCAAAAGUUAAAGUAAUAACGUGAGCGUGCAUUCAAAAGCGAUUUCAAAGCCCCACAUAUUCAUAGCGGCAACCUGAUGCCCUCAAUUUAUAUACAGUAUAAUUACCCAACAAUAUAAUUGUGAGAGAAAGCAUUUAAAUAUAUUUUCCUCUCAUCUGGUAUUUAUUCCCUUUAGGCGUUCCGUAGUACACGUCAUUUCCCUUCUGAACGAAGUAUUUGGAGUCGGGCGCAUCCUUAGUCUGGAGUGGAACUUUUUGUCUGAACCGAAGAGUUAAGGUUAGUCUGGUUAAUAUUAGCAGUUAGCCCGUGUGGGUAGUUGUUGUGACCGCCAUUUCUGAAGUAGAUGUCCAGCAACUACAUUUAAGCUGAAUGCGAAUGCUAACGAAUGGAGUUCCCGUUAUUGAAACGUACUUGAGACAAAAUAAAUGGACCAUAGAGAGUUUGUUUUGAAAAUUCAUUUUUACAAUUCUGUUUAGUGCCGCUAAUGGCGUAUAAAUGACAUACUUCACCUUUCAUGACAAUGAGCAGCUGAUGCCCCAUAUUGUGGCAUUUGUGUGUAUUAUGAUGCACAUUUAUUUUCUUUAGAUCAUCAAAUGUGAUGACGAUGAUUAUCGCAGAUAACUAUGUGGGGCAAUUUGCACAAUUUUAAUUUAUAAUUGUUAGAUAUGUAGAUAUCAGUAAAUGCCUGUUGAGAUUUGUAAUGACUUUGUUUUGUGAUGUCUGUUAUUCGUGCACAUGGUGUGUAUUUUGUGCUUGUGCGUGCUUUGUGAAGAGUGCGAGAAACAUUUAAAUCCUGGUUUAGUCAACUAAGAAAAUCUUCUACUUUUUUUUCUUUUCUUUUUUUUGCAACGCUAAAGACCAAUUUUGCCUUUCGAGUGAAACCGUCAGAGAAAGGUGAGGUAGUGGUGGCUAACUUCAAAAAGGGAAAUAUUUUAUUGCCACAAGGGAUCAAAGACCACAAACUUAUUUGUCUGAGGUUGUCUGCCAAAACAAAACAUCCUGUUGCAUAUUUCAAACAGAUUUUCUUAAAUUGGCGUCAUGUAAUGUUAUCCCAGCCUGAGAGUAUUCGUGGAAGUCAAUAAAUCAUGCAUACAUGUGUCUGCCUUCUAUUUCCAUGUGAGUGUAAGGCCUCUGUUUCCUGCAGCCAAACUGAAGUGAUGCCAAAUUCUUCAGUGAGGGAGGCAAAGCGUCUGUUAUGCUCAUCUUUCCGCAUUCGAACUUCAGAACCUCUUGGAAUAUCUAGGAAUGAACCUGCCAAGAGUAUCCCAGGAGAAUCUGAGCCAUGCUUUGGUAGCAGGAGAGAUGGAAAGCUAAAUCUGUGUAACCAAACAUGCAUUUGAUGAAUUGAACCCAUUAUUUUUAAGUAACUGAACGGUAAUGAUGUUGCAUCAAAGUAUGUUGAAAGAGUCAAAUAUUUAUUCUGAUGUUUGUAUACAGGAAUAGCUUACUCAAAAAUAAAAAUUUUGUCAUUCAUUUAUAGUAUUACUUCAACCUGAAAUUAUUUUUGUAUCGACACAGAAGGACAGACCAAAAAUUUAAGUCGUUGUGACAAUCUUCGCUUUUGCUUUGCUUGCAGAUUCUCAUUUAAAAAAUGGUUGAACUUUGGUUUAUUUUAUGACUUCAGAAAACUUGGAGUUCAAACAUCAUAUGGAAACAUUUUUUGGAGCUUGGCAGUAAAAAUCAUCAUCUACUUUUCUGGUAUAAAUGUCUAAUAACUCAGUGACAGAAUUUUCGAUUUUUGAGUGAACUGUUCCUUUAAAUGUAAUUUGUUGGCGCAAACUCAAAAACAUGUCACUAUAUCAAAUCAUUUUCUCUUGCAUUUCUUGCAAAAAUGUCAUAAUCCUGUUUGCCCAUGAAAUCUUUGGGGUUUUUUUUUAGUCUUUGGCAGCAUUGUCUUUGGUUGAAUGAAUUGUAUAUUUCUCAGUAAGGAUUUCCCCUUUUUUAUUUAUAUUUUUGCUGUUUUAUAGUACACCUCAGCUACAUUGCAAAUGACUAAUGCAAAAUAAUAAAUCUAGAACACUCCCAUUAUAUUCAAAGGCAAUAUCCAUGCUGUAAACAAAUGGUGUGGAAGCUUUGCUCAUUGUAAUGGUUGUGUUUUAGUUUUGUGUUGUGUAGUUCGCUUGCUAUGUAGAUUGGCUGUUGGUUAGGUUGGCCAGACAUUGAGCCAGAUAUGACAGAGAAGGCCUGCCAUGCUGUAGAUUAAAAUAUGUGCUUGUGUAAUGUUUUUUGAUUAAUUAUGAUAUCAAGAUGGUGAAUAAAUAAAUUCAAGUAAGAAAAGAGUGGUUUGUUUUUUACUGUUCACUGUAAAAAAAAAAAAAAUCGGGAUUUCACCGUAUGUAACUGUAGUAUUUUACAGUAAAUUACAUUAUUAUCACUUUACAGGCUUUAACUGUGACGUUUCACAAUAUGAUACUGUAUUCAGGAAUUUUACUGUGAAAAUAAUGCAGGAGGAGCUGUUACAAUAAACUAUUGUAAAUUCU